AUGCCGGUAUGUAUGCCGGGGACCAUACCUCCACAACACACACAGAUGAUGUGUCCUUUUCGACACGUGAACAACAGCCAGGGAACACACAAUCGGAGAGUCAGGGGCAGACAACAGUUUAGGAAACCACGAGACUCACAGACAGCCAGCUCGCUGUCAGGGACGGAAGGUGAGCUAGAUUGUCACGGAUCAGACCAACAGUCAGGGUCAGAGCACAAACGGCUCGAGCCUUACGAUCAAUCCAAGGGCAUGGCGAGCAGGCAGGAACGGGAACAGACCAGGUCGACAACGGGAGAUCAGUCCGGAAAAGAGUGCCAGAAGGGCUUGCAUAAUGCGAACACAAUCAGACAACUGGUGUGUGUGUGGACAGAGGCGGGGCUUGCAAACCAAGCAAUUGCCUGGGGCCCAGGCUUCCAGGGGGCCCCCCACUUGGGCAUCCUCCCGAGUGACCGGGUGCCCCAAGUGCUAAUAAAUGUACUGCAUGGCAACGACAACAACAGGCAUUUACUAUGA